ACGUUUUCAAAUUAUGGUAAAAGGUGUGCGCUUCUGCCUAUACGCAGUCAUCGUCUAUGUGAUAAUCGACUUUUUUUCUAAGUGCGACGCCCUUGAAACACAAGUAAAGGACUAUAUUUAUAAUAAUAAUGGGUUAGGGACAUAUAGCUUUGAGUUUGAAACUAUAGAUGGAACUUUUAGAAGGGAAGACGGAGGAAUCGCUUCGAAUGCGAAAGGUGUUGUUGGCUUCGUGGUUCGUGGUGUAUACGGUUUCAUAGAUCCUGAAGGACGUCAUCAUUCCGUGAGAUACAUAGCGGACGCGGACGGUUACCAACCACAGGCAGACGAUGGUGACGUUAGAUAUAACGAUAGACGAAUAGUUUAA